CGGGAACAAGUCCGAGCUCUAGUUUAGAAAAUGAUCUCCUCGCUUCUGUCUUAUCAUUUGUAGGAAAGUGAGAAACUCUUCUCCAAAAGAAGAGAAAAAUUUUCAUACCCUAAGAUGUAAAUGCCCAGUUUAGUAAAAAGAGAUUCUCUUUCUUUUUGUUUCUGUAGGUUGCUCGAUCAAUACCAAAGCUGCCUCCACGCUGACUCGAUUCCUGACAUUGAGACAGCCAAAGCAGAUAGCAUAGUGGCUGAAAUGGAGGAAGAGGUUCAAGCUUUGGAGCGAAAGCUUUUCCUUGAGGAAAUUGCAGUUAAUAUUACGGACGAGAGAUGUAAUUUUCUAGACAGGAACUUCAGACUUCUCCAUGACAAUGAAAUUAGCCUUCAUAGGCAGAGUUCAGUCUGUGAAACAGACCUGGCAGCAUUAAAACUAAAACAGGAAGCUUGUCAGUUUGGUCAUUUUCUACAAGCAAAUCCAGUGGAAGAAUGGACUGUCUGCUCUCUUCCUAAUCUUUACUUCAGAGACUUGUGAUCUGGAAGUCUUGUGAACUUGCUAGUAAAAGCAAAGGAAAUGCAUUA